UAGAUAGAUAGAUAGAAAAUAAGAGUGGCUCUGAACACAGCUUUCCACAAUUGAUGGGCCAUGUCUGCAGGAAGUGGCCCCGCCUAUUGUGGCCCAAGCUUUGACCCGGGCAUAAGAAAACUUUCGUGGGGCUACGAGGAAGCUGUCUACACUCACUGAAACUCUCGUACUCACCAGCUAUGCCCAAAAAGAAUAAUAUGAGAACAAGGACCAGAGUUGCGAAACAUGAGCUAAGGGUCCGUACGAAUAUUACCGUCUUCUGGGUCAUACUGCAUUUGACAUAUGUGUUUUAUUUUUGUAGAGGUCCUCUAUGGACGAAGUGUCAGCUGGGUACUCACCUGAACAAGACUCUGAUCUCGCCUCUGUAGACUCUUCACGCUAUAGCUUGAAUGAAGAGGAAUCGACGCUGUCUGGAAAUGAAAAAACUCAGAUGCUGGCGUAUCUACAUGAAGUACUAAAACAAACUCUCACUGGGCGAACUGUGCCGUUCCCACUGCAUGUUGCUUUCGCCGAAGACGUUCCACUUGACCACAGAGGAAUAGCUCCCCCGCGCGGACCGGGAAGCACCGUGGGGUUUUGGGAAUGGGAAGGGGAGCGAUAUCGAUGGGGCAUUCCGCUAGCACAUUUGGCAGAAGGAAUGUCGAGGUUGGCUUAUCCGGAUGCGAUGGCGUUCGACUUCAGGGAAUGUUUUCAGAGAUCUAUGAGAUUUGAAUUAGUGUGGCCAGGAUAUUUGCAUCAACGUUGGCUGGUAUCAUUACCUUUGUAUGAUAACCUCGGUGAGAGUAUACAAUGGACGAAGAAAGAACUUGGGAGAUUCAUAGCCUGUCAGUAUCGAAACUUUGCAGAGCUAUGUACCACACACCAAAUCACCUGCAAAGAACCCGCUUGGCGAAUCGGUUCAGGAGGAAUCACAUUCCAGGACAUGCGUAUUGUGACAUUCUGGAAUAUCACCAAGGACAUUUGGCGUGCAGAAAUCACCAUAGAUGCGCCAAAUUGCGGUUGGCCUGCCUCACGGCGGGAGUAUUACUCGUUGACCGGCGCGGAAGGGUGUUACAAUAAGAUAAUCCCAGAAGGGGAGGACAAGAGAUGCCCUUCCUGUACCACCGUGCACAACACCGAUCCGGAGCUUAACUGAUAAAAUUGAGCCUCCAGGGUGCUGAUAUUAUUUUUAUCGGGCUUGAAGUAUUUGCGGCCAUGGCUGGAAAAAGGAAAAAGUCCUAUAUUGCACAAAUGAGUCUUGUAUAGAUACAACGCGUUCAUUCCCUUAUAUUCUACCACCUCCAUUCGACCUCACCAGAAGAUCGACCCCUGACACCUUUGUAUGGCUUGUAGUUUUCCUUCGCAUUCGUUACCUUGAGUUGACCAACUUUCAAUGCUGAGUAUGUAUGAGAUGAUAUAUCAAAGCGAACGCGAAUUGCAUGUGAGGGACGUGGAGCACGAGUU